UUUUUCUCUUCCAAAACCAGUACUUUUCCCCCCUUUUUGGUGGUCUGAGAUAUGCUUUGCGAUGAAGAUGAUGAUGCAAGUUUGGUCUUUGAGAUUGUGGAUGAUGGUUUUAUAGUGAGAUUGUUUCGGAAAGGCUGUUGCUUUAGUCUUAUUGUGUGGCCUGGUGCCCUAGUGCUGAUCAAAUGAUUGAAAAAGAAGGAUUUUGCUAGUUUGUUUUCCACCGCUUUUGAUCUAGUUUGUUUGGAGGAUUUGGAAGAAUAAAAUUCAGGUAGCCACCUUCAAAUAAGGCUCACGGUUUGUUGUCGUCGUCGUCGUCAUCAUCAUCAUCAUCAUCAACUGGGAGGCUUGAUCUCAUUUUUUCUCAUUAAACUAGGGCUUGUUCAGCAGUUUCUAAGAUGAUAGCAGAGAAGGCCUACAUUUACCGCGUCGACCAGCUGGUUAGAAACUACUUGCUAGCAGAUCCUGUUGUCCCAUAUACCUCUAUAAUUGCAGGCAUCUUCAUGUCCAAAAUGGCAUAUAAUGCUACCAAUUCGAUUAGUUCUUCUUACUACAAAGGAUUUUCAUCUCUCAAAAACAUCCAGCAAGUCGAGUGGAACAACAGGGGAAUGUCUAGUGUACAUGCUGUUUUCAUCACGGCGAUGUCAAUUUAUUUAGUAUUCUUCUCAGAUCUCUUUGCAAAUCGCCCGGAUGGCCUCAUCAUAUUUAGAAAUUCAAGCGUCUCUAAUUUUUCAUUGGGGAUCUCGAUCGGGUACUUCAUUACAGAUCUUACGAUGAUUUUCUGGCUAUAUCCUUCCCUCGGUGGAAUUGAGUAUGUUCUCCAUCAUUUACUAUCGAUAAUAGCAGUUUCUUAUGCUAUUUCGACUGGAGAAGGGCAGCUAUACACAUACAUUGUCCUCAUUUCCGAAGCCACCACUCCCGGGAUAAAUCUACGAUGGUUCCUCGAUACCGCUGGAAUGAAAAAUUCAAGGGCAUAUACCAUCAAUGGUGUGAUGAUGGUCGUUGCAUGGCUAGUGGCAAGAAUACUGCUGUUCAUCUACUUGUUCUGUAACCUAUAUUUUUACUAUGAUCAGAUCGAGCGAAUGCACAAAUUUGGCUACUUCCUUACUUUCAUGGUGCCGACAACGCUGUUUAUCAUGAAUGUGAUGUGGUUCAGAAAGAUCAUAAGAGGACUUGUAAAGAUGUUAACCAAGCAGCAAUGAGUUUCGGUGUCCAGAAGUUCGCCGGAGAAAAAUGUAUCGACAAUCGCGGAUAGUUUGACCACUUUAUUUCUCUACUCCAGUAAGUGUAAAGCUACAUAGUUUGCUGAAAUGAAGUUGCUCAAACUGAAUCACACUA